AUGGCGCUGGCCAGCCGGACAGGCAGGACAUCGUCCAUUCCUCCUCGCAUGGCAGAUGGCGCGUAUGAGACCAAGCAGACGGCCUUUGAGUGGCCCGUUCGCGACGUCCGCGACCUCAAAGCACGGCUCGAGGCUGGGGACGACGACGACAACGACGACGACGCACAGCACGAGGCCCUCACGACCGAGGGAGCCUACUUUGACGAUCUCGCUUACAAGCUCCACAUCGAACGCACGCCCGGUCCGCUCGUUCGACCAGACCCCGAGGUCGAGCCUGUUGCCACCCAGGAACCGUCGAUCGUGCUGGCCAUCAUCGCCCUGUGGGCCAAGUAUUCAGACCUGCCACUCGACGAGACGUUUGACCGCAGCGUGUUCGUCGGCAUCAAGGCCUACGAGCGCGAGGGCGAACACGUCCUGGGCGAGCCCAAGUGGCUGUGGUCUGCGUCUGAAGUCGUUGCCUUCUCCAAGCGCCAAGAGUUCUGGGACGUGACCCUGCCGCCCUUGUCGACGCUUCUCGAUCUCCCAGAGGUUUCGGCCCGUGACGCCUUUUCCAUCCGUGUCGUCGUGAAGCAUGCCUCCCAGCCUGGUCUCCCACCCAUGGUUCACGCCGACCAGCAGUACAUCUCGCGCCGCGUCACCCGCCAGGCAGCGGCAUUCCUCGACUCGAUUCGCACCGGCGACGUUCAGUUUGUGUGCCUCGAGCAUGCAGGGACUGGCACGCCUGACGAAGACGGCCCACGGAAGAUGGUCCGCCGGAGGGUGGUGUACGCACAUUCCGAGCUGCUCGUACACUCUGACUAUUUCAAGGCAACUCUCUCUGGCGGUUUUGCAGAGGGGUCGCAGGCACCUGUGACGACGCUCUUGGUCGAGGACGCGGCAUUCAACACGGUGUACUGGGUCCUGCGGUGGCUCUACACGGACGAGAUCCUGUUCAGCAACGUUGACAGCGUGCGGACCGUCAUGGCGCAGGUCCGUGUCGACACGGCGAUCGCACGCCGCGUCCUACAGCUCGAGAGCUGGGAGUAUGCGUCGUUGAUCCCCGAGGAAGAGGUCGACGAUGCCGACAUUCGCACCGUGAGAAGCACCUCGAGCGUCGGCACUGCGGCCUCUGGCCGCCUCUCUCCCGGAGCUCGCAGUGCUGCCAGCGUUGCAUCUACCUCGUCUCCGCGCCGUGGGCCCGCGCCUCCCAUCCCGUCCUCGUCCUCAUCUAGCACCAGCACACCCCGUCCGCCCCGCCCCAAAUCGUCGUCGCCUACGAGCGCCACCCAGCCUCGCCUCUCACGUCCACCGGCAGCGGUCCCGCGUAUCGCCACGACCCCGGCGUCGGGCUCCACCGCGGCGGCGGCGGGGCGCAAGAUGGGUCCCCAGACGUCUCCCGUGGCUGCCGGCGGUUCUGGAGCGUCGGCACCCACCUCUCCGCCGUGUGCACGCAACUUUAUCCCUCGCAGGAGCCACGCGCCGCCCCCCGAUCCCCACAAGCACCCUACCAAGCCUCCGGCCCCGCCAUCCCCGCUGGCCGUCUUCUUCCUCGCGCACAGGUAUGGUCUCGAGGACCUGCAGGUGCUCGCGCGCGACGCCCUCCUGCGCAACCUCACCCCGGACACGUGCAUCGCGGCGUUGCUCGCCACAUACGCGUUUGGCGACCUGCACGCCGCCGUCAUGGACUAUGUUAGCGACCACUGGGCCGAGGUGUGUGCGUCGCCCGAGCUCGACAGGUGUUACCAGGAAGUCUCGGCGGGAGUGUGGGGCGAGCUGCACGGUGGGCAGGUCCUGCUGGGCCUCACGCGCCGUCUGACCGGCAUGUCCAUCUGA